AAACCACAGAAGAGAACAACAUCCAAACACCCUUUACAUCAUUAAACUCACUUCACUUCCCACUUUCCCUAUCAACCACAACCUUUUACCUUCCUCUUCGUACCAUACUAUGUUUGGAUUGUACCAUGUUUCCUCUCAGCUCUCCCCUUCUUUCGAUUCUUCAUCUCCACCGUCCGUCGAAUUCUCCGACGAGGAGGUUCUGCUGGCAGUCAGGCAUCCCAAGAAGAGGGCGGGCCGGAAGAAGUUCCGGGAGACGCGCCACCCAGUGUACCGCGGAGUGAGGAGGAGGAACUCCGACAAAUGGGUGUGUGAGGUGAGGGAGCCAAACAAAAAGAGCAGGAUUUGGCUGGGGACUUUCCCCACCCCGGAGAUGGCGGCGCGGGCUCACGAUGUGGCGGCGAUGGCCCUCAGGGGCCGGUAUGCCUGUCUCAACUUCGCCGACUCGAGGUGGCGGUUACCAGCCCCUGCUAGUGCCAGCGCCAAGGAUAUACAAAAGGCAGCAGCAGAAGCUGCUGAAGCUUUCAGACCAGACCAAAGUUCACAGAACAGUAACACUAGACAAGAGUGCUUGGAGGAGGUGACAAAAACAACGGAACAAGGCGUGUUUUACAUGGAGGAAGAUCACGAAGAGCAAGUGUUGGAUAUACCUGAGCAGCUGAGGAACAUGGUGCUCAUGUCCCCAUCACAUUGCUUAGGGUAUGAGUACGAAGAUGCUGACUUGGAUGCUCAUCAAGAUACUGAGGUGUCACUGUGGAGUUUCUCAAUCUGAUACCGUGUUUGGUCUGGUUUGCUUUUUGCUUCAAGUUUUGGAGUGUGGAGUGUCUGUACUGGUUUUUUUUAUUAGUAGUACGGAUACCAGUUAUAUAGGUAGAAAGAUCGAAAGGGACUAAAAGGAUUUUCUUUUGUAACCCUUUUUGUCGAAGUAUCAUAUGAAUCAAGUGCUUCUCUUCAAGUUUA